CCACUACCGCCGUUCCCGUCCCCACCACCAUCAUCACCUACCACUAACUUGGCUUCUGCCAGCCGUGAAGCGACUCAACUUCUAGCUACCCCCACUUCAGAACAGCCGCUCAGGCCAGUCGGAGUCAGCCAGAAUGCAGCGGAUGAGUCUUCUGAAUGUGCAUUAACAACCCCGGAGACUGGCGGAGUCUCUUCCUUACUUUCAGGAAUCGGUGCGUCACUGAAGGAGAAACUACGCGAUAUUAAAUUGAGGAACGUCCCGCUGAUAUCUGAUCCUUCCCCAGCCGUCAUUGCAGCCAACGCCAUCAACGAAGAAGAUUCUUCCCAUGUUUCGAAUAACGUCGAAGGUGAAAACAUUUAA